AUGGCCAAGAGGAAGACUGUCAUCGGCACUCCCUUCUGGAUGGCGCCCGAGGUGAUCCAGGAAAUCGGCUACGACUACAAGGCCGAUAUCUGGUCGCUGGGUAUUACCUCCAUCGAAAUGGCCGAGGGCGAUCCCCCUCGGCCGCCGCCGCGUCUCUCCGAGCCGGAGAAGUGGUCUCGCGAGUUCAACGAUUUUGUGGCACAGUGCCUCACCAAAAACGCCGCCGAUCGACCCACCGCUGACGACCUGCUCAAGCAUCCUUUCCUGCAAAAGGCCAAGAACACAUCGCUGCUGGCCCAUCUCGUCGAUGAGACCAUGGAAGGAAUCGCCGCCGCUGGUGGCAGAGAAGCUGCUCUCGGUCUCGACGACGAGAGUGAUAGCGAGUCGGAAGAUGAUGAAAGCGGCAAGAACACGUCCCGCAAGGACAGCGACGAUGGCGACUCUGAUGCCUAUGCCGGCACGACCGUCAUCAGCUCCCAAACGAUACAGGCCGAGAAGGAGAAGCAGUUCGUCCCACCCUACAUGCAGAAAAAGCCCGCUGGUGAGUAUGACAAGUACUCGGUGGACGAGCUCAAGCAGAUGCUGAAGGAUCUGGAUGCAAAGAUGGAGAAGGAGAUCGAGGAGGUGAAGCAAAAGUACGAGACGCAGAGGAAGAAGUUCACCUCGCUAAUCGCCUAA